GCAGCUCAGUUGGGAGGGAGCAACCGGAUGAGACAGACAUUUCUUCCCUGCUGCUGGACUGGAGCACCAAGGAGAAUCACUGUUGCCCCAAGGACGAAGGUAACUGAGAAAUACAUUGCUACAGCGCCUACAUAUGUAGGCAAAGGAGAUUUUUCUUGGAAAUGUGAAGAAAACUGUGAUCCUAAUCCUGGUCCCAGAGAAAUUCCUGUCUCUUUGAAGAACCAUCGCAAGUGGCACUGGCAGCAUGGAGCAGGCCGAGAGUGAACUGCUGGCGACCCUGAAAGAGCUGGGAGAAAGGGAGCUGCAGAGGUUCAAGGACAAAUUGAGUGAAAUCCUGCCAAAGAAGGGAUACCAACUUCUCCCCUCUGGGAGACUAAAAGAUGCCGAUCCCCCAGCCCUCACGGACCUCCUCCUCCUCUUCUAUGGGACGGACUAUGGGGCGGAGGUGACUGCAGAGGUGCUGAGAGCCAUCGACCAGGGAGUCCUAGCAAAGAGAAUUAAGAAACUCAUUAAAGCACUGAGAGAUGAGAAACAUUACUUCAAGCGGCAGCUGCAGCAGCAUGACUACGCAAGAGGAGGUGUCAUGUAUGCGAAAUACACACUGAACAAUGAGCAGUACCAGACAAUCAGAGCUGAGAAAACCAACCAGGAGAAGAUGCGAAAGCUGUACCAGCUGGUGCCAAGCUGGGAUGAAUGGCAGAAGGACCACCUCUACCAGGCACUGAAGGAAACAAACAGAGAGCUGGUUGAAGAACUGGAGGAGGAACACUUUGUUGACCGGCACCGAGAGAAGCUGAUCCAGCAAGUCUCAGAAGUGGACAGAGUCCUGAAGCUACUUCGGGGGCACACGCUAACCCCUGAGCAAUACCAGAGCAUCAGCACUGGGAGACCCAAUGUGGAGAAAAUGCAGAAGCUGUACGAGCUGGUGCCGAGCUGGCGGAAGGAGCGAAAGGACCGGCUCUACCGGGUACUGUGGAUAACAAACAGCGCCCUUGUUGAUGAGUGUGCAGGCUCAGAGGAACAUUUUGUGGAGCGGAAUCGGGAGCAGCUGAUUCAAUGCGCCUCUUCAGUUGACACAACCCUGGAUAUGCUGAAGCAGGGCUAUAACACAUUGUUCACGAAGCAGCCAGACUCGCUGGUGCACUCACCAUAUGAAAGAUCCACUGAAGAGCUAGAAGGCUCAGAGGAACAUUCUGUGGAGCGGAAUCGGGAGCAGCUGAUUCAACGCACCUCUUCACUUGGCAUAGCCCUGGAUAUGCUGAAGUGGGGCUAUAACACAUGGUUCACGAAGCAGCCAGACUCGCUGGUGCACUCACCAUAUGAAAACCCCACUGAAGAGCUAGGAGGCCCAGAGGAACAUUCUGUGGAGCGGAAUCGGGAGCAGCUGAUUCAAAGCACCUCUUCACUUGGCAUAGCCCUGGAUAUGCUGAAGUGGGGCUAUAACACAUGGUUCACGAAGCAGCCAGACUCACUGGUGCACUCACCAUAUGAAAACCCCACUGAAGAGCUAGGAGAACCAUCAAAGUCACCUACUGGCGGACUCCUCCAGAAUCGGGCAUACAUACUGAACGAUGAACAGUACCAGACAAUCAGAGCUGAGAAAACCAGCCAGGAGAAGAUGCGGAAGCUGUACAAGCUGGUGCCAAGGUGGGACGAAUGGCAGAAGGACCGGCUCUACCAGGCACUGCAGAGAACAAACAGAGACCUGACUGAAGAGCUGGAGGAGAAACACUUUGUUGACCGGCACCGAGAGAAGCUGAUCCAGCAAGUCUCAGAAGUGGACAGAGUCCUGAAGCUACUUCGGGGGCACACGCUAACCCCUGAGCAAUACCAGAGCAUCAGCACCGGGAGAUCCAAUGUGGAGAAAAUGCAGAAGCUGUACGAGCUGGUGCCGAGCUGGCGGAGGGAGCAAAAGGACCGGCUCUACCGGGUACUGUGGAUAACAAACAGAGCCCUUGCUGAUGAGUGUGCAGGGGAACAUUUCGUGGAUUGGAGCCGGGAGAAGCUGAUUCAACAAGUCUCCUGUGUUGAUGACAUCCUAGAUGUGCUUCAUAGUGUCAAGCUGCAACCGGAAAUACAGAUGCAAGGUGCAGGUACCCCAGCACAGGAGCCGUCCACCAGCACCAGCCUUGGAGCUACACCUGCAGGAGAGACCAGCCCAAGCGAGGAUCCCAGCAGGGACCCCUGGGGACAAGACAAAUGUGACUUGUGUCCCAGAGAAGAGGAUCCUCCAGAAGAAAUACAGCCUGAAACUGUUCGAGACCCAGAUGGGAAGCAGAAGACAUACAGGGUUCAUUUCCCCAGGGCAGGCUCAUUCCGUUGCUCUGAAACAGAACUGGGGCUCGAGGUGAGGGCAGCCGUGACUGUCCACUAUGGAUAUGACUCCUGGGAUCAGCAUCUGAGCGCAUCUGAAAAGCAGCAAUGGAUGGUGGCCGGCCCUUUGUUCAACAUCCGGGUGGUGGAACCAGCUGAGGCCGGGGCUGUGGCAGCCGUUCACCUCCCACACUUCCUGUGCCUCUCAGGAGCAGAAGCUGAUGUUUCUCAGCUUCAAGUUGCCCAUUUUGUUGACUGUGGGAUGACCCUGGAAAGUCCAACGCGGAGGAGGCCGUUCCACGCUGUGCUGGAGAACCCCAGCUUCUCUCCAAUUGGACUGCUUUGGAAACAGAUCUGUUCUACGCUAUUUCCUCCAGUGCACUCCCUGGUGCUGCUUUACCGGUCCAGGAGGGCUGCAGACAUAACCCUCCAUUUCUACCUGCUACCCAGGGAUCUCUCACUAGCACAGGCGAUUGAUGAGAAUGAAAAGAAUUACCAAUCAAUACGAGUUCGCAAGCCUUCUAAAACCAAGCCCCUGCACUUUGGAUCUUGUUAUACUGUGUCUGGUUCAUCAGACAUAGAGGUCACUCCUGAUGAACUGGAGUACUGCAAUAUGAGAGAUCAUCCGCUGGAUCCUGACAUGGAAAUCUACACUGAAGACUUGGGGAACAAACUGAACCUCUACCUGAUGGAGCAAAAUGACGUGGAAUUGGUCUGGAAGGCCACUGUGAGACCAGGGGAUGUGACACUUCCUGGUUCCACUCCAGCACGAGCAGCAGACAUCCAAGAUAAGAUGCCUGAGACCUUGAGAGACGCCCUGCAGGAGACUCUGGAUGAGCUGGGGAGUACAGAUAUCCAGAGAUUCAAGUCUAAAUUGAACCAUAUGAAGCUACCAGAGGGGUACAAGAGAAUCCCCAAUGGGAUGCUGGAGGAGGCCGACUCCCUGACUGUGUGUGAGCUGCUGCUGCAGUACUACACGAUGGAUGGGGCUGUUGAGGUGGCCAUUCAAGCCCUAAAGGGAAUCAAUCAGAAUGAGCUGGCAGGAAAGCUUGAGACGGACACCAGUGGAGUUGAGAUCGUCCGUCUGAAGAUGAGCACACGUUUGACAGAACUGAACUCAUCACAGCCAGGGCAGCGAAGUCUCUCCAUUCAUCCGAGGAAACGUUAGCAAGAUUCAGUGUGAGCCUUUGCGUGCACCAGGCAGCCAAUUACAGCAGCUCAUCCCUGAGGAAGCAGAAGUCUCCUGUCACCACAGCACAGCUCCGAGGGCUGGACCCAGAGCAGGAGUCUGUUUCCCAGGCAGGAAUUCCUUUGGUGCUGAUCAUGGUAUUAGCUGAGUGAGUCACAAACAUUAACUAAUUGGCUCAGCACCUGAUGAUCUAGGGAUCUUGUCCGCCUGUCACUGCAUGGACUGGUUCCUUGGGGGGCUGGGGCUCAGCCGCAGUGUGCCAGCCUUAGGGUGCAACACCCAGGGCCGUAGGGUGGGAGCUUGUGACUGGAAAGCAGCCUGCUGAGAGCAUAAGGACACCCUGAGCUCCCUCCGAGAGAGUCUAGGGAGAGAGGCUGCUGGGCGGAGGGCAGCUGGUAACUCUUCAGAGCCCAGAAGAGAGACCUGCAAGGAACUGGGAUGAACCUCAGCUAGCAGAAUUCAAAGGACUUCAACCAGAACCCACUGUCUUAGGGAAAAUAUAAAACAGAUUUAUUAACUAAGAUAGAUUUUAAGUGAUUUUAAAUAAUAGGCAUAAAAGGUCAGAGAUAGGUACCAAAGAAAAUAAAAGGUAAGUGCACAGUCUAAAUCUUAAACCUUAUUACGCUAGGCAGUAUUUGGAUCAAGCA